AUGAUCCGGGUGCUAGCGCUUCUCCCAGUAGCUCCGCUGGGCCUUCCGCUGGUAUCCUCUGACUGGGCGAGGCGCUUGUGCACGCAGCCCACAGGUGCGCAGUCCGAGGGCGCACAGUUCGGGCUAGGGAAGCUGCCGGAGAUGAUGGUCUGUGAGAAGGAGGGCUGCGAGACUUAUUCUUUGGGCUCUGGCUUUUGUGUCUCCUGGAUGGCUCUACAAGGGAAAAAGCUCAAGGCUGCAGUUGGCACGCCCUCCUGGCACAACUGUCACACUGAAUCUUUCUACACCCAGCUACAGCAGGGCAACGUCUUUCAACACCCUCCACCAAUGCUGGACUGUCCCAGUACCGUGCCCAUAGCCAUUCUGGCCGUGCCCAAAGCGGCCUCCAGCUCCUUCAUCCUUUGGUUGGCGCAGCUCGAGGGCCGCACGGAGGGUCACUUGACCGCUGCGCUCUCCGCGCGCUCGUGCUUGGAGCUGGGCGCAGGGCGUGAGCGCCGGGUGGCGCGAUGCUUGGCGAAGGCUUUCUACCAUCCCUUCGCCAACUAUUCCUCAAAGCUUCCAGGCUUGAACUUGAAAUCCUUCGGCUGCACUCGCCAAAAGGCCAAUGGACUGGCUUCAUAUGGACUUCGGUGGCAUCAGACCUUGGGUACUGGCUGGCUGGUGGCCCCACCUUUCCUGUGCCAGCAGUGCUGCAUGCAGGGCUACGGGAGGCUGAUGGUGAUUUUAGCCAGAAAUCCCUACAUGCGGAUCGCAUCGUACUUCAAACGCUGGAUUGCUCCCACGAGGUUCUUUGGGGACUGGUCCAUGUUUCCGAUUUGGCUUCGACAUCUCCAGAACGUGAGCCGUUUCACUGAUGGCUUCAAGGCCUGUCGCGGCAGGGGUGAGCUCAACUCGGAUGAUGUGCUGCACACGCGUUCGGUGAAGGAAAUGUUGGAUGAUGAUCGGGUGGUGCCUGGACGCUCCCAUCGGCGAUUCAAUAUCAUACACCUCGAAACCCUCGCCAAGGAUCUGGAACAGCUUCAGCAGAGCUUAUGCCAGUCCUUCAGCUUCUGCCGCAGCUUCCCGCCCUUCCCCAGCAGUGGAUUUCACCACUCCAAUGCGAAGAACUUAGUGAAGGAUCGGAUGAGGUGGCGGAAGAUGUGGCGCGGCCUAAAGCCGCUGAUGCUGGAGCGCUAUGGCUGGGAUUUCGAGCAUUUGGGCUACUCCACGGAUCCCUGGGAUCUCAUGCCACGUGAGACCGCCUUGACGCGAGCUGCAUUGAGGAAAGAUGGCGAGCUGCGGCAUGUCUUCAGGGUUUGCAAAUUCACUGAUAUUCGCGUCCCGGUGUGCAACGGCCCAGAGACCACACCGGCCUUUGCACAGAGCUCGCUGGAUGUGAUGUACUCGCGGCAACUCCUAAAGGAUUCCCAAAUCCGCUGGGCAAGCCCCGCUUGCAGGCCAGACUUGGGGGAGACCUCCUUAGCUUUGGUUGACGCGCAAGAAGAGAGCGUUGAGGCGCUUCGUUGGGUCCUCCAGGGCCGGGAUUUGGCCGAGGGCCGUGGAGGAGGGCAGAUCAAUCGGCCGGGCGUUUACCGCACCAUUUGCCUGGAGGUGAAUUUGCGCAGCAAGUUGUGCGUGUGUGCUCUUCAGCAUGCCAGAUACCUCAGCGACAUGGAGGGCGGAGAGUUGAGCCGGAAGAUGAUCCGCAAGGUCGGCACCGACAGCACCGUGCGGAACAUGGACCACAGCUCGGAGGCCUCCGUGACCAACUUGGAGUCCUUGGUCUCCAUGGUGCAGGAGAUCUGCAGCGCCCAAGCGGCGAAAGCCAAGGAGAUGGAAACCUUGCGGCAGAACUGGGCCAAGCAGAGCAGGGAGACCCGAACGGGACCGUUUGACGAGGAUGCCUUCAACCAAUUGGCCGAGCAGUGCGAGGACGUCCGGCUGAUGCGCAAGUUGCAGGAGCUUCGUGAUGAAUGGCAGACCCUGGAGAGCUUGUUGGAUGGCCUCUACGGUUGGUUAGCCUCCCCGACCUCCUUACUCUACGAUGCGGCCUUGCUGCGGCGAGUUCAUCAGUACAUGGACCGCGUCUUGAAGCUUCUGGUGGAUGCCGUAAAGAGGAACGGAUGCAGCAUCAUCCACGCAUCCUACAGCAAGGCGGCCGGCGCGGCGCCGGUGAAUGCGACCAAGGCUGAUGGCAACUUGCCCACCUGCUACUACCUUGCCACAUCUGGUACAAAGACAUACGAAGGAGAAUAUCAAUGGGUAAUUGAGCUGGAGAAGGGCUGGAGUGCAUGGCUCCCGGGCAAUGAGCCAUUCCAAGGGAGCACCGCAAAACCCAUGCGCUAUACCUUGGGAAGGUAUGACUUCGAGGUUCACUUCGAGAGCGAGUCCCAUGGCACUCAAACCAACUUGACCACAGGGAAGGUCCGUCGAAUCCAACGGCUUCAGAAGGGCGAAGCGUUCCCUGCAUGGGAAGGCACUGGAGUCCGUCGACGUCCCGCCAGCGCAGCGGCCGGCGCGCCGGCCAAAAACGCGACAGCUGCCCCUGCAGACUCGGCGGCAAAGGCAGCCCAGUCGAACCGCACAGCUCGCCGCAGCGGUUACCCUUGGCCACAGCCGCAGGGUCCGACGCAGGUGACCAAGAGUCAGCCUGGGCGGCCGCAGGUGUCGCAGGCAGCGUACAAAGGCUCAACCACCACUCCGACGGCUCCCGGUUUGCCGCGCUACAUGAGACCAUUGAAGUCCAAAGCCUAG